GAGGCGGAGGAUCAUGAAGCCGGGAGUCUUGGCCGCCUCGGACGGCGAGCUGCAGCCAGAGGACGAGCCGGAGCGGCCCCCGCCCCGGAGACACCCGGACGCCACCGACAAGCAGUCUCCGCCGCCGCCACAGCAGCAUCGGUGGCCGCAGGCAGAUCCGGAAAGAGAGAAGGAGGGCGACAGCGGCCCAGAGGAGCAACCCGAGAAGGCGAGGCCACUCACCCGCCCGGACCUGCCCUUCUACCGCCCCUUGCCCCUCGCCCCAAGGGACCUUUGAUGGAGCCAGGGAAGGGGGCCGAGGGUUUACAGACUGCCACAGGGCUGGGCAAGGGGGUUCUGAUCAUGUAACUACUCCCCCUAGUUCUCUCCCACACGCACGCCCCUCUUCUCUACCCCUUAUCUCUGCUCCACUGCCUCCCACUCCCCAAACACACACCCUUCCUCUAGCCAGGAUCUUAACGCUCAGGAAGGAGGUGGCUCUGCAAGGGUUAAACGAUCUUUUCUGUUUUCCCCCUUUUUUUCCCCGUCCCCAGUCCCUGAUUUUCCCACCUCUCUUCUCCUAAUUGGCUUUCCCCUCUUCUGUGCAGCCCUUCCGCUGCAGAGGCAAAGCACAAGCCCCUUGCCCAGUAUCACCUGGAUCCUUUCCCCACCACCCACUGCUCUCUUAAAAGCAACUCUGGUGCUUCUGGAGGUUAAUUGCCCCAGUUUUCUGCCCAGGAGAAUUAAAACUUCUCCCAACCUCCUCUCUUCCCCUCCUCACCUCCCCCAGGCCCUCAAAACCAACCUCCUGCUACCUAAGGGAAACUCUCUUUUCUCUCUAGCACAUGCAGUCCUCAAUUCUUCACUGAGCUAGUUUGCUCUAAGCCCAGCUCAGUCCACUCCAAAUUUUAUUGAUAAACUUCCUCACCCUUUUAUAUGAAGAAAUUUCCCACUCCCUGGGAAUUUGAGAAAAACCCAAUAAGCCUCUUCCCAGGGAACUUUCUAACAGUCAGACUUUGAUCUCAAGGCCCUAACAGCCCAUCCUCAACUUUUUUUUCUAUCCCCCUGCCUGUACCAGUGCUACCAGGUCAAAAGCAAAGAGGGAGACACGCUGAAAGCUUAAGGUUUGGGUAGAGGUAGGAGGGGCAAGAUGAUUUUUUUUGGACUGUCCAGGUAGAGUUCAGGACCAGUAACUCUCAGUUGCCAGUCCUGGGAGUCAUUUAUUUGCUACUUGGAGGGGAUAUAAGAGGAGCCAGCAAGAACGAAGACUCCCUCCAUCAUAACACAGAUACACUGUGGACCCCCCAGACCAUCCUAUCCUCCGCAAAGACUCCACCUGCCCCUACUGGGCCCUCUGCUUCCACUGGGCACAUGCUGAUGCCCCUGAGUGGGCUGCUCUGGUGGUGGUGGUGCUGCUGUGCCUGGUACCGCUGUGGAUUGUGCACCCCAGCUCCCCAGAUGUUGCGCCACCAGGGUCUACUCAAGUGCCGCUGCCGUAUGCUCUUCAAUGACCUGAAGGUUUUCCUCCUGCGGCGCCCCCCUCCAGCGCCCCUGCCCAUGCACGGGGAACCCCAGCCCCCUGGUUUGGCGGCCAACAACAACACCCUUCCGGCUCUGGGUGCCGGGGGGUGGGCAGGCUGGAGGGGCCCUAGAGAAGGGGUGAGCAGGGAGACCCCUCCCCUGCCACCUCCACCGCCUUUGCAACCUUCUGUGGAAGAUGACUGGGGUGGCCCAGCCACAGAGCCACCUGUCUCGCUGCUCAGCAGUGCCUCAUCAGAUGACUUCUGUAAAGGGAAGGCUGAGGAUCGCUACUCACUGGGCAGCAGCCUGGACAGUGGCAUGAGGACCCCACUCUGCCGCAUCUGCUUCCAGGGGCCGGAACAGGGGGAGCUGCUGAGCCCGUGCCGCUGCGAUGGCUCGGUCAAGUGCACGCACCAGCCUUGCCUCAUCAAGUGGAUCAGCGAGCGCGGCUGCUGGAGCUGUGAGCUGUGCUACUACAAGUACCACGUAAUCGCCAUCAGCACAAAGAACCCUCUGCAGUGGCAGGCCAUCUCCCUGACAGUCAUCGAGAAGGUUCAGAUCGCAGCUGCCAUCCUGGGUUCCCUCUUCCUCAUCGCCAGCAUCUCUUGGCUCAUCUGGUCAACCUUCAGCCCCUCAGCAAAAUGGCAGCGCCAAGACCUCCUCUUCCAGAUCUGCUACGGGAUGUAUGGAUUCAUGGACGUGGUAUGCAUAGGCCUCAUCAUCCAUGAGGGACCCUCUGUGUACCGCAUCUUCAAACGGUGGCAGGCUGUCAACCAGCAGUGGAAAGUGCUGAACUAUGACAAGGCGAAAGACCUGGAGGAGCAAAAGACAGGAGGCAGGACCAACCCCCGGACCUCCUCUUCCACCCAGGCCAACGCCCCCACCUCAGAAGAGGAGGCCACGGGCACCCCUGCCCCCGAGGAAGGCCCUGCCCGGGCGGCCGGCCACCCCUCAGGCCCCCUGUCCGAUCACCACUGUGCUUACACCAUCCUGCACAUCUUGAGUCACUUGCGACCUCAUGAACAGCGGACCCCGCAGGGCGGCAGCCGCGAGCUGGUCAUGAGGGUCACAACGGUGUGAGCCGAGAGACCUGUGAGGGAGCUGUGACCAUGCACGUGCAAGAGAGAGAGAUCAAGAAGAGGAUGGGCCGGGAAGGGCUCGCCCCUACACGAUGCCACCGCCAUCUGGGGAGCAGGUGUGGAGAGGCACCCAGGGGCCAGAGGGCAGGCAGAGGGCGGUGCGCCUUGAGGGCCCUAGGGCAAGGUCGGAGCUGGAGGGAGGCUGGUGCUGUGAGUGGGUGAUUUUCAGCGAGUUGAUUCCAUUCUCCAACAAGAGGGAGGAAAACCAAGACAAACUCAACAACGAAGUGCAAUACAGACAGUCUAACAAAACACAAUGCACCCACCUGUGCCCCACCCCCCGUGCCAUGCAAAACACCCAGGCAAAGUGGCGGCUGGUGGGGGUUGCGGGGAGAGAAGCUUUGUGUCUGAUGGUGGUGGUGCCCACAGGCACACAUGUGGGAACAAAAGCACUUGUGGCCUGCCUUGUUUUACCCCUGAGCUUGCUUUGGUUUCCUCUUGGGCUGUGUUCCAGGGGCCGUUGAGGGGGGUGGGAGAGGGAUGGGUGUGGGCUGGCAGGGAGGAGAUACAUGGUGUUUGUGAACCCCUGGGCUCCCCUGGGUGGGCAGGAUUCCUGACUCGAGGGCCUGGGGGGGACGAUGGCGCAAGGAGGGAGAUGCUGGUCUGAACGGCCAGAGGGAGGGGGGUUUCUUGCUCCCUCCAAACCUUCCAAACUGGAACUCCCAAUUCAGAUGGGCUCAAAGAGGGCUUAGGUUUGGAGUUGGGUGUCUUUUUGUGCCCUUGUUACUUUAUUUUAUGGUGAUUUGGCUCAAAGAUGUUUACAGGAAAUACGCACACACACACACACACACACACACACACACACAACUGAAGUACAGAUUUCCCAUGGGUAGCUCAAGCACAGUCCUGCUGCCGUGGCUUCAGCUUUCAAGCUGUCAAUCCAGGAGUGAUUUUCCCGACCACGCAACCCCACCCAUGGCUGGGACACACUCUGUGUCACUGCCCCUCCUGGUUUGGCACAUGCUGAGACCCCAGGGCUGCCCACGGCAGGGCACAUCCUGCCCAGGGUCUCCCAGGAGAGCUGCUACAGUGAACGGAAGGAAGCUGGCCAGAUGUGUCCCCAAGGAGUGGAGCGGAGACCCAUCUUAGUAUUCCUUGCUGUUGGGGCCCACCCCCAGGGGCAGUUGGGCUAGUCCCUCAGUGCUACAUGCUCCCUGGUCCCUCCCAGGCAACAAGGAGGGCCCAGGGACCAUCGCAGGGAGCACUGUCCCUUGAGCCCACCUGCUGGUCCUGGGACCCUGCCAGGGAAGGCCACAGGGUGGUCACCUGCAGUUUCUCCUUGUCAUUGCACAAUGGCCACGUCAUCCGUGGGUAUUAAAGGGACACUGUCAAGUACUUUUUUAAACUAGUUUUUAGGGUUUUUUAAAACUCUCUGUUGUUUGUAUUAUUCUCUUAAAGCUUGAAAAUAAAAUUUCUUUCCCUA